UGGGCAGGGGUGUCUCUCAAAAGUCUUCUUCUAAGGCCGCUUCAGGAGGCGCAGGCCUACAGCGCGUUCAGUCCCGGAAGUGACGUCCCCCAGAGGGGCCGGAAGUGGCAGUGGAGGGAGGGAAGAUGGCGGAGGUGGGGGAGAUAAUCGAGGGCUGCCGCCUGCCCGUGCUUCGGCGGAACCAGGACAACGAAGAUGAGUGGCCCCUGGCCGAGAUCCUGAGCGUGAAGGACAUCAGUGGCCGCAAGCUUUUCUACGUCCAUUACAUUGACUUCAACAAACGCCUGGAUGAAUGGGUGACCCACGAGCGGCUGGACCUAAAGAAGAUUCAGUUCCCCAAGAAAGAGGCCAAGACCCCCACCAAGAACGGACUUCCUGGGUCUCGCCCCGGCUCUCCAGAGAGAGAGGUGAGGAAGACCCUGGACCUAUCUCUACAGCCGGCCUCCGCCCAGGCCAGCGGGAAGACCUUGCCAAUCCCGGUCCAGAUCACACUCCGCUUCAACCUGCCCAAGGAGCGGGAGGCCAUUCCCGGUGGCGAGCCUGACCAGCCGCUCUCCUCCAGCUCCUGCCUGCAGCCCAACCACCGCUCAACGAAACGCAAGGUGGAGGUGGUUUCACCAGCAACUCCAGUGCCCAGCGAGACAGCCCCAGCCUCAGUUUUUCCCCAGAAUGGAUCAGCCCGUAGGGCAGUGGCAGCUCAGCCAGGACGGAAGCGAAAAUCAAAUUGCUUGGGCACUGACGAGGACUCCCAGGACAGCUCAGAUGGAAUACCGUCAGCGCCACGCAUGACUGGCAGCUUGGUGUCUGACCGGAGCCACGACGACAUUGUCACCCGGAUGAAGAACAUCGAGUGCAUCGAGCUGGGCCGGCACCGCCUGAAGCCGUGGUACUUCUCCCCGUACCCACAGGAGCUCACCACGUUGCCUGUCCUCUACCUCUGCGAGUUCUGCCUCAAAUAUGGCCGGAGCCUCAAGUGUCUGCAGCGUCACUUGACCAAGUGUGACCUGCGACAUCCUCCGGGCAAUGAGAUUUACCGCAAAGGCACCAUCUCUUUCUUUGAGAUUGACGGACGUAAGAAUAAGAGUUAUUCCCAGAACCUGUGUCUCUUGGCCAAGUGUUUUCUCGACCACAAGACAUUGUACUAUGACACAGACCCCUUCCUCUUCUAUGUCAUGACAGAGUAUGACUGCAAGGGCUUCCACAUCGUGGGCUACUUCUCCAAGGAGAAGGAAUCGACAGAAGACUACAACGUGGCCUGCAUCCUGACCCUGCCUCCCUACCAGCGCCGCGGCUACGGCAAGCUGCUGAUCGAGUUCAGCUAUGAACUCUCCAAAGUGGAAGGGAAAACGGGGACCCCUGAGAAGCCCCUCUCAGACCUUGGCCUCCUAUCCUACCGGAGCUACUGGUCCCAGACCAUCCUGGAGAUCCUGAUGGGGCUGAAGUCAGAGAGCGGGGAGAGGCCACAGAUCACGAUCAACGAGAUCAGUGAAAUCACCAGCAUCAAGAAGGAGGAUGUCAUUUCCACCCUGCAGUACCUCAACCUCAUCAACUACUACAAGGGCCAGUACAUCCUCACGCUGUCAGAGGACAUCGUGGACGGACACGAGAGAGCUAUGCUCAAGCGGCUCCUUCGGAUCGACUCCAAGUGUCUGCACUUCACUCCCAAGGACUGGAGCAAGAGGGGAAAGUGGUGACCCGAUGCCGUGCACAGCAGCGGCAACAAAGUAGAACUGGAGCUGGCAGCACAUCCCACCCCUAGCGGGCCCCACGAGAGGCACACCAAGGGAGGUGGGGCUGAGGACAGCUCCAUAAGGAGAGGACAGGCCUGAUAGGGGCUGGCUGGUGCCCAGCACCGAGGUGAGCUCAGGGCUCGGGUCAACUCCAGGGUCAGCUGGCUGCAGGUCUGGGCCUGCUAUGAACCAGGGACUGGACGGAGCCAGGCAGCUGUGUACAGCGAGAUGGGGGGGGUGGGUGCACUCUGUACAGAGGGCCAGUGGCUGUAAAAAUUUCUAUUGUAAAGUAGGAGUUGUGGGGGUUGGGUACUGGCUGCAGAAUUCUGGCCUCUCUUGCCCUCACUGCCCCCCCACCCCGGCAAUAAAUUGUUUCUAUAGG